UUCCUUAUUUAAGUAUUGUCCUUUAAUAGCUACAAAUGCUACAUUAAAACGCUGUAGCUGGAAAAAUAGGCCCUUGAACUGUAUAAAGUACUGAGGUCACCAGUCCAGCUGUUCGCCCCCAAUGACAUGUUUGUGUGCUGCUGCUUCCCACAUAACCUCACGCAGCAGGGAGACCAGGGAGGGGGAGCAGCGCUGUGGCACUCAGCGCGGUGCUGGGCGCAGCCAUGGGCUCCCGUGGUGGCGGCUCCAUGCCCUGAGGAAGAUGGAAGCCGCACAGCGAGGGGGGUGGCCCAUUUCAGGAACUACCAAGUGGCUGUGGUAGCAGAGGGACUGACGAUGCCUGAUUUCCAAUGUCUUUCGGCCUGCGUGGGUUUGCUGAUGCUUACUAAGGGUGAGCUUGCUAAUUGUUCUCCCAGUUUGCUGCCUGAACCCUCAUUUUUGCAAGAGCCGGGGCAUGUCAGUGUUUUCAGUGGGUUCCAGCUCGGCGCACAGCAGUUGCACAAGAGGUGCUAUGAACCCAGCGGGGCUUGCGCAACCUCCUCUCCAGCGAGCUGCGUUCAGCAGCGGAUGCCGCGGCCCAGAGGAGGCCCGGGCCCGGCGCCUCCGCUCUCCGCAGCCGCAAGGGGGCGCCAUGGCCGCGCGGUGCCGGAAGCCCGCGCUGCAUCCCGCUCCCCUGCACUGCUCGUGUCCUCUGUGUCCAUCAGCGCAGCCCGGCCCGCGGCCAACGGAGCAGCGGCAGCGCAGAUAAAACAAGACAAACCAGAAAAGAUACCAGAUCUAAAAUCCCUAGUAAAAGAAAAAUUUACUGCAUUGGAGAGCAUGAACAGUGACUCAGAUUUGGAAAAAAAUGAAAAAUAUAUGUAUUUUAAGGAUCAACUUAAAGACAUGAAAAAACAAUGACGUAACAGAAGAUGAUGAUGUGUUGAGCUCAAGGUCAGGCUCACAGGAGCAGGAUAGCCUAUCACUGAAUAUGAACUUUAUUGUGGAAUUUUAACUGUUUUCCAUAAAUAUGUAAGAAGUACAGUACUGAAGUGAAACCAGUGUCCUCUUACAUGUGGAUCUUAAAAUGACAGAUGAAAACUUUCAGUUCUCAAAUAACUUUUUGUUGAAAUGAAGAAUUCAAGAUGAUUUUCUUUCAUAUUUUCAAGUGACAGAACAAAUAAACCAUGUUAUUUAAAGCUGUGAGUCAUAUACACACUGCUGAAAAAAAUUGUACCACUCAAUGAUUGUACCCACUCAACCUCUACAGGCUGCGAGGAUGUCCAUCUUACUGCAUUCUCCUGGGUCUUCAAGUGUGUUUGAAGUACGGCAUAGGAACCAACAUGACUAUAAGAUAUCAAUGGAAAAGUGACUAACAAAGCACUAACAAAUUGUGUUUAGUGGAUAUAUCAAGUUCCAGCACUGCCUUCAACUGCAGAAUGAAGGUUUUUUUUUUCCCACCCUUCAAACUGAUCUUAUCAGGUAUAUCUAAACCGAAGAACUCUUACUCACAUAUAAGAGACGGAUGCCUACAGUAUAAUUCCUUAUUGCUUAGUGAAGAUUACUAAUUAAUUUUUAAGAAAAUUUGACAUAAAAUGUAGUAUUUGUAUGAGAUAUAGAUGGCAAGAAAAAAAUGUUCUUUGUUCUGCUGGUUUUGUAACUGUGUCUCUGUAGAACCAACCUUAGUGAGUGAGGUUGUCUUAAGAACCUUUAAUCUAAAAUAUAGUGCUUUUUACUGUGGUGUGUCUGAGGCUGACUCAGAUGCAUAGUCAUACAAGAUCCAGCAGCAUCAUUGGACUGACUGUUAAUCACUGUCACAUUUGAGAAAAACAGACUGUAUGUUAAAUUGCACAUUUCUAAACAGCUGCCCAAUUCUUUUUCAAAAGCCAUUAGUCUAGCAGAUGUCACUGCUUCUGUUUUUUGUUUUUCCACACUUCCUAAAAUUUAUGGCAAGGCUUUUGUACUAAUGGUGGCAGUUAUGAGUGGACAAAUUUCCCUGAGAUUAACUGGAGAUAAAAGAUCUUCCAGUCAUGAAAUUCCUUACUCUUAGAGAAAUUAAGCCACCAAAGGAGAUGGGAGCAAGGAGAAAUGCAAUUCAGUAUGCACAUUAGAAACUCCUAUUCUAAGGUGUACCUAGCUUGUAUAUUUCAGAUCUAGUUAGCUAACUGUCAGUUGAGAAAUUCAGGAUGCUGAAAGUUAGGUUCUUGCAUCAGUGCUGCACAUUACAAAGUCCAGAAAUCUCCAUUUAGGAAUCUAAGGAAUCAUUUAUGAACCAUGUCUUUGGUUUCUACAUAAACCUGGAGUAUCACAGAAUCAUGGAAUCGUUAAAGUUGGAAAAGACUGCUAAAAAGUCAUCUAGUGCAGCUGCCAACUCAUCACCACCAGGCUCACUAACCCAUGUCCCUCAGUGCCAGAUCUCCACGUUUCUUGAACACCUCCAGGGACAGCGACACUACCACCUCCCUGGGCAGCCUGUGCCAAUGCUUCACCACUCUUUUGAAGAAGAAGGUUUUCCUAAAAUCCAACCUGAACCUCCCCUGAUGCAACUUGAGGCCAUUACAUCUCGUCCUAUCUGUAGUUAGCUGGGAAAAGACGCCAAUCCCAUUUCACUCUGGUUCCUUGACCGAGAAGCUUGGUUAUCAUCUUUAUUACCUUGCCCUCUGUAUGUCAGGGAAAGUCUGCAGAUCAGUGUGAGUGUCUGCAGGCAUGUAUAGACACAUUGAGUUCCUCUGCCUGCCUUGUCUUUACAUCUAGCCAGCACAGUGCCAUGCAAAUGUGGCUGUACAAAUUCUGAAUCAGCAGCAGUCUCCAUCUGUUCACCCAAGGGAAUGGGUGAAGGAGCUCUGUUUACACCUGGCUAUGUACAUAUGCCCUCAGAUUCUUCAAAAUUCCGGAGAAUGACAAGCAUAAUUAGAACAGUGUGCUAAUACUUCUGAGUUUAAAGAUGUCUCUGCAUGUGGGUUAAUUUGCUUUUAUUGCUUGUUCCUUCUGAGCAGAGGUCAAGCCCCUGCCUGAGACGUCAGCGUGAUUAAUGUGAUACUGGGUAUCUAACACAGCAUUGUUACUGUAUUUUCAAGCUGAUAAAAAUAGGUAGCAGGAACUGAGAAGUGAACCUAUUGACAUACCUUCUCUUCAAAGAGGAACAAAAGAAAAAAAGAAAAGAACAUUCUGUAUGUAGGAUGUAUGAAAAUUAAACCAAAAUUGCUUGAACAAUGUUGUUUAAAGAAAAAGGUCAUGAUGUUUUCAGUUCAGGUAUUGUCUUAGACCUUAGUAAAACACUACAGAAUGUGAAUCAGUUGAUGGUUAUCUGUGAUGAGCAGGUAAACAAAAGAUUUAUUUCCCAAUGGCUUUUUCAUAUGAUGGUGACAAACUCCAUUGCACAACAAUGGUCACAUUCCAAAGUUGCAACCAGGUUCUGGAGGGCUUAAUUUCACAACUGCUUACUGUGUCCUAUUGCAUUACAAUGACCUUUCAAUAAAGAAGGGAGAUUGCU